UUCAGCCAAACAGAUAAGGAACGUACAGCUCCAAAAAUGAGUUGCUCAUGGAGCAUCCUAUCUUUGCCUCCUCCCUUCUUCUCUUCCCCACACAGACGUGCUUCAUCUCGCACCGUUGAUUCCAAAUGGAUCCAAUCAUCCAAAUGCUACAAAACGUCCAAGGCGUCCAUCAAAGCCAUGAUCAAAAGGCCCUUUAACAACUAUAUACCGCUAGAAAAGCCCAGUUUAGUACUUCAACUUGGAUUACUCUUAGCUUCAGUGGAGCUACCGGCAUUUGCGGUGACCGGCGUCAACGACGAAGAAGAUUUGAUAUCAACAUUGAUACAACUUGGAAUUGUUGCAUUUUGGUAUUUCCUUAUCAUGCCGCCGGUGAUCAUGAACUGGCUUAGAUUGAGAUGGUACAAAAGGAAGCUGUUGGAGAUGUAUCUGCAGUUCAUGUGUGUGUUCAUGUUCUUCCCUGGCUUGCUGUUGUGGGCCCCAUUUCUCAACUUCAGGCGAUUUCCACGAGACCCCAACAUGAAGUAUCCUUGGUCUACGCCUCAGGACCCUUCAAUAAAUGACCCCAAGUCCUUGUGAUGAAUCUGUGUAUAUUGUUUAUAGGGGGCACACCAUAACGAUGUUAUUACAUAUAAUCAGAGCCGUUCAUAAGCUCAUUAUAUUCGGCCGAAAAUCAUUUCACGUUUUGUAUUGUUGUAUGGAUUGGUACUCGAGCCAGAGAUAUGUAAAGUAUCCUUUUGCCUUGUGUUUGUA